UGUCACGAGGGAGAACCUGUUUGAAAGGGGGAUGAAACAGUGGUCCCGACAAAAGGGAACAUCCCCGAAGAAUCCUCCAUCCUCCAGGUAUCCUUCAUUGGAGAGUAUGGAAUCGAUCAAGGUGCUCUUCGGAAGGAGUUCCUCACUGAAAUGGUGCGGGGAAUUGAAAUGCAUUUCUUUGAGGGAGAUGGAGAAAGGUGCAAAAACCCCAAGUACAGUAUCCUGGAUUACCAGCACUGCAAUUUCAAGACAUGUGGGGAGAUCCUAGCAACGAGCUUGGUGCAGGGGGGUCCUGCACCAAACUUUUUCAACAGGUGGUCCUUUCCUCUGCCACGGAGAGAUGGACAAUGAUUUGAUGGAUCAAGUGCUCGCUCCAGACAUUAAAAACUUGAAGAACGAGGUGGAAAACGCUGAAGAAGAAAAACUAAUAGAAUUAUCGGACGCAAUUGUGGCCUGUGGCUACAUGGGGCCAAUAAACGUGGACAAAAAAAAGGCCAUCAUCGAUGCUAUCACCAUGCAUUCAUUGAUGAGGCUGAUUCCCAUCUUGCAGCAGCUGCAAGAUGGAUUGCGGCUGUAUGGAAUCGACGCAGUCUUGGCGCAGCACCCAAAGCUUUGCCAGCAGCUGUUUGUCCCCGGACAUAUAAAAGAAGUGGACUCUGACUUCCUUGUACGUGCGCUGUAUCCAGAUUUCAGCGAGGAAGGGUCUGUCAAACGGCAGCGAGAGAUGAAAGUCAUCAACUUUCUGCAGGAUUUCCUGCAAAAGCUGGAAGACGAAGAAGCAGAAAACCAAGAAGAGGAUCAUGAAGUAGACAACCAAAAGAGUGGAGCUCUGUGGGAGAGUCACGUGGCGGCUGUUCCCGGAACAACUGGCAGGGGGAAGCAUCUCUCAGUCCGGAGCUUCUUCCAAUGGGUCACAGUUGGCAUUACAUUUCCUAUACGCCACUUGGGGACCUACCAUGAUUUUGAGGACAGCCUAACCACGGCAAUCCGUUUUGGAUACGAGUUCAGCAGGCACUGA